ACUGCUUAAUCGUAUGCCCUCUUCAAGAAACCAGUGCUAUGACAGAUGCUGGGUUCAAAGAUUUUCCAACCACCACGUGAACAUUCUUGAACGUGUGUGGAAAUCCAGCUAACGAUCAUGGCUGCGUAGAACUGCUCACUAUUACGUAAAUGGAGGUUAAACCAUAAGAAUGGCAUGGAUAAAAUUUCCGCAUGUGCCAAAAGGCGAUGGGGUGAAGGACACACCCUAAAAUUAACGCAGUGCUAUUUCCGGUUUCAAAGCGGCCUAGUGUGACGUCACGAUUUUUCGAAGCUGCUAUUUAUAGAGAGGAGUCUCAAGGCUAAACAAACCAACGACGAAAUGGCGGUCAAUCACAUCGUUUCGCUUUGCCUAUUUCUUGCGCUUCUUGUCCUCGGCGUGAAAAGCCGUGAAGAUUUCGAUGAAAGUUCCUCAGAUAUCUGCAACCAGAAAAAGAAACCUGGCAGGUGUAUGGCUAUUAUUCCAAGAUGGUACUACAACAGAGCAUGGAACAACUGCACAAAAUUCAUUUAUGGAGGAUGUCAACAGAAUAAAAACAACUUCAAGACUAAGGACGAAUGUGAACAGACAUGCCUACCUAAAAGAGGCAAUAAAUUUCAGACCUCAGUAGGUGAACCGGUUAAUGAAGGAAAUGAAGAAGAACCCUGCACAGAAGCAUUAUUACGUUCAGUUGUAUUGAAAAUAAACUGUGCGAAAGCAAUGAUGCCUAAUAUGCAGAUAUCCCCCUUUCAUGUGAAGCACAUGCGAGCCUGUAAAAAAGCUGGUUUCUCAUUACCACUGAAUUGCUCUUUAAGUGAAGAUCACAGCAAGUGGACAUGUGAUGAUAAGUCAGGAAAGAAGAUAUUUGGAUCUUGCUAAUGCAUGUGGCUUUAAUCUGUUUUCAUAAACAUCACUGAGGAUGAUGGAAUAGCUCCUUAACAAAGAGUUGUUUCAAUUUUGUUCUAUUAACCAUUUGUGCCACAUUACAAUGACACAUGUACUUUCCUAGAAUGUAAUAAUUUGGAUUUUUAGACUAAUUUUUCAUUUUGUACAUUUUGAAUUAUUGUAAGAUUGACUAAUUGACAGAUUGAUUGCACUAAGCUGCAAUUUAGAUUUUUUUAUAUCGUACACCUGUCCUCUCUACUACAAAGGGACAUUAAAGUGAAUAUCCUGCCUUAGUACAAGGUAGUUGUGACCAAGGGGCAAGAUUAGUAAUGAAUUUUUAUGUCAUAGCAUUAUUUAAGAUAUUUAUCUGGACAUAUUUAUCCUAACAGUGUCAAUUCUAGUGAAGAAUAAUAAAAGAUUAGUUUAUAUAACACAA